ACAGGUGCAACACAGCCAAAGGCAAAACAAGAAAGGAUUUUAUGUAAGUUCUCGUAAAUCAUACACGAAACGGUCGUCGGGAUCAGACAACAGGGACACGCACGCUCCCCACCACUGAAUAAAAGAAGCUGAUUCUUUCACGGGCUGAAUAGUGUUGAUAUGGAAGUGACGACUGACUGCACGCUAUACACGCACUCGCACAGUUUAUGAAUUGACGUUGGCAUAUUUCAUACAUACGACAAAACAUGGCACUAACAGUUAUACGUUAGUGUCUGACCAGUUUGCUAGUGUUUACUAUCGUUUUCAGUUUCAACUUGGUUUGACGAUUAGCAGCAUUCAUUGAACCACGCGACUUCAGGCCUACCGUACUUCAUUCGCAGAACGGGUCGAGGGCAAAUCGGGUCGAGUUCACGGCAGCACAGUCAACGCACCUCGACUGUAAGACCGAUCACUUCGUCAGUCACUUGUGACAGUCCAAAGCCAGAGAAGGUAGACAACCAUGACUUCCUACAGCGCUGUGCAGCUAUCAACAGAGCUUCGAGACGUCUUCCUGACCUGUCCCUUGUGCUUGGGGCGCUUUUUGAAACCCAAACAGCUUCCCUGUCAGCAUACAUUCUGCACCCGAUGUCUCUUCAAGUGGUUCAAUGCUCGCCCCAUCCGGGCCAAGAACCUCCAAUGUCCCAUCUGCAGAGAUUCGGUACCGGUGCCACAGGCCGGUAUCCAAACUCUACCGGACAGCAUGCUGGUGGUGUCAUUAAUGGAGUUCCUGGACAGGAAGUUUGAGACCAACGAGUCGAUAUCUUCGGUCCUGGUCGGACUCGUCCACCAGUUUGGGGUCAAGGGGAACGCGGAGGGACAGCUCUAUAAGCCCCUCGGGGUUGCCGUCAGCGGCGACACGGAGCAGGUCUUUGUCGCGGACUGCAAGAACCGGAUCCAGGUCUUCGACAUGGACGGCAAGUUCCUCCGCAAGCUUGUGGUGAAGAACCUCAGCAAGAAGUUCACGCCGACCUUCGUGGGCAUCACGCGGCACCUGAGCAUGGACGGCAGCGAGAGGCUGGUCAUCUCCGACAUCAACAACAAACAGGUCUUGGUGUGUGAUCUACAAGGCAGGCUGCUCCGUCAGGUCGGUAAGCACGACCUGGGCAUGCCGGGCGGGGCUGCAGUCACAAGCGACGGCCAGAUCCACGUGGUAGACGUCUACGCCAGGGUCGUCAGGUCUUACGAUCGCUACGGCACCCCGCUGAGACUAUUAGGUCGCUACGGAUCCACAGAAAACGCCUUCCGUCACCCCAAGCACAUUGCCGUCACUAAGAACGAUGAUCUGGUAGUUACAGACUCGUCCAACAACACCGUCCACGUCUUUGAGAUGUCCGGUCGAUUGGAACGGGCAUUCGGCGUCCGCGGUAAAAUGGACGGAGAGUUUCGGUCACCCAGUGGCCUGGCGGUGGACUGCGAGGGUAACAUCCUGGUAGCUGACGUUGGUAACCACUGCUUGCUCAUGUUUGAUAUCAAUGGUCGGUUUCUCAGGCGGAUUGAUGAUCCCAUUGAUGACCUUCGACAUCCGGAGAGUGUUGCCAUGGCAGGAGACUGCAAAGUCGCCGUAGCAGAUGCCACCAACCACUGCAUCAAAUUCUUCUCCUUCUGAGUCAACGCCCAAAGAAUUUUUUUUUUUGAAAAAUCAGAUCACAGAGUUAAAAUGUACAUAAAAAACACAGUUAAUAUGUAUUGGAAGGCUUAUUCCUAAAAUUGCAAAAAUUAUAACAAAAAGUUUCCUUUAUAGCAUAUAUACAUUAACCUUUCUUCGCUUUUGUCGAGUUGUAUUCAGAGUACAUUUUAUUACGAAAUUAUUAAGGUGCUUUUCUUUUAAAUGUCAUGAAAAAAUGUUUCUUAUCGUAUUAUUUUCGUGCGUGUAUUGGCGAUCACACAACACUACUUUAUUAUGAAAAAAAGUAACCAAUUUCUUUUGGUAUUUAUAUAGGAAGUGAUCGAAGAGAUGCAUGAUGUAUAAUCAAUGGGUCUGGGUAUUCUUAAUACUUGAAACUUGGCUUUGUGUAAUCAGAGUGGUCGUGUAAUGGAUGUACUUUGUAAAGAUGAUCAUAUUUACUCACUUUAUGAUAAGGCCUGAGAGUUUCGAUUUUCUUGCGAAUUACUUUGGCCUGUUUGAAGGUAAAAUGAGACUUUAUUCGGCAUACUAGCACUGAAACUACCCUUUAAAAUUGUUGGACCUUUUACAUAAGGACUUUAAGUAAUGCAAGUAUAGUGGACGUUCCAUGGCAUAGCUAGGCCUUUCUUUUUUCGCUUUCAUUCAUGAGACCCUUUUUUUUUCGCUUUUAAAUUCAUGAGUAAAUAAUCAUGAGUUCAAUCAUCUCCACGUGGUGAAGAUAAAUGAGAAAAGAUGUACAAUUCUAUCUGCAUGUUUCUUACAUUGUAGAUAAUGAGUAAGAAGAAAAUGUGCUUAGUUCAAAGCUAUGCCUAGAGGUUACCUUUCACAAAUCAGAAUUCGUUAGCUUCUUGGCUUUGAUUCAUUGUACAAAGCUCAGAAACGGAAUGUGGUAGAUUCCCCUGCGAACCCGCUCAAUAACAUUUUCCAGGUUGUUAAAUUUUACUCUUUUUUGUCACAUGCCACUGACAAAGUUUAAUUGUUUUAGCGAACAAGGGCUUUUACGAUUUAUUUUCAAUUAUAAGUGUGUGAAAUGUACAUGCUCUUCCCCGAGUGAUCACAAUCACUUAACCUGUACAAAGAUUUACAAUUAGGCGAAAUGUCGUGCAAUAAAUGUUUAUCAUGUUUCAGUCAUUCCAUACUUAGAACUUGUACUUUCUCAAUUUCAAUUCGGUCUGUAUUAGAAUAUUCAGUAUUAUCAGCAAUGUACAUAUUUAUUAUAGAGGUAUUAAUCACAAAUCUAUAAUCAACGUUGUACAUCUAAUAAACUAUUCUCACAGUCCAAGUUUACUGUAAUAAGAAAAAUUGAUGCAGACGUCGUAGGUAUUAUAAUGUCUCCAAGGUCAAUUUCUUUACCUGGAUAUACAAAAUAAUGAAUGUUUAUGGGUGCAAUGGUAAGAAUAAUUCCACGAGGCGAAGCCGAGUGCAUUGAACCUUC